AUUUUAUUUUCGCGCAGAGUAUUUGCCCCUUCACGCUUGCCGUAGGUAAAUAAUCUUCCUUCACCGGAACUAGAGUGUCGGUCAAAGUUUGGUAAAACAGGUGCUGUCUGUCUGCUGUAGAGAGGCAGAAACCUUUUUAGUUCUUCGUCAUGACAGCACGAAAUAUAUCACAGUUUUGGGAAUGGGGGAGGAAGAUUAUUUGUGUUGGGAGGAACUACGCGGAUCACGCCAAGGAGCUGAAGAAUGCAGUUCCCACAGAACCCGUGCUGUUUCUGAAGCCUCCUUCCGCCUAUGUGAGGGAGGGCUCCCCGAUCCUGAUGCCCGCGUACACCAGCGAACUGCACCAUGAGGUGGAGCUGGGGGUGGUGAUCGGGAAGGGGGGCACGGCCAUCUCGCAGUCCGCCGCCAUGGGCCACGUCGCGGGCUACGCGCUGUGCUUGGACAUGACCGCCCGGGACAUCCAGGACGAGUGCAAGUCCAAGGGUUUGCCCUGGACCCUCGCCAAAGCUUUCAACACCUCCUGCCCGGUCAGUGAGUUCAUCCCCAGAGAGCGCAUCCCUGACCCCGGCAACGUCAAACUCUGGCUGAAGGUCAACGACCAGCUGAGGCAGAGCGGCUCCACGUGUCAGAUGAUUUUCUCCGUCCCCUAUCUUAUCAGCUACAUCAGUGACGUCAUCACCCUGGAGGAGGGGGACGUCAUCCUGACGGGGACCCCCAAAGGAGUCUCGGCCGUGCAGGAGCACGAUGAGCUGCAGGCUGGGAUAGAAGACGUAGUCACCAUGAGUUUCAGAGUGGAAAGACGAGACCAGCUGUGAAGGACAUUUUUUGAGAAAAAGGGAGCUGGAAGGAAGAGACUGAUUUUACUUUAAAAGUGCAAUCCAAUUCUUAAAAUAUUCUGUUUUUGUCUGUGUGCAUCAGCAGAUGGCAGUGUAGCGCCGUCAGAACCACAUGAAUCCUGCGUUGUACUUUUUUGGGACGCGUAAAACAGGUUUAUUACAUUACUUGAUUCAGGGAUAUGAAAAAUAAUUGCCACACAUUGUCACUGUUUAGGUUCAGAUCACAUGUGGAACCAAAAGUAUUUAGAAACAAACAAAUCUAAUAAAAGAAAAUCAAAAAAUUUGUUUUACAAAGCAUUAUACACUCUACAUUUAAGUGCAACUACCUCAAAAUUGCUAAUAAAUGGACUUGUAAUGAAUGAGGUUUAUUAUAUCGCAUCACUCUUGAAGGUGAAGCUAACUUCAGUUGAGAAAAACUAAGAUUAAAUGCUGCAAUAAAAGAAAAGGAAUAAUUCUUUUAAGAUACUAUAAAAUCUGAAAACUAACUUGAGGGUAUCUGAACGUAUCUGAACGUUUCACCCUGUGAGCAUUUCUUAGUUUGAAUACUUCUGCUAAAAGCCUCUCAGGAUGUGCAGCCUUCGUUUGUGUAGUGUUUGCGUCAAACACUUUUAAAGUUACAUGAGGUUUAUCCCAGAUCAGUUCAAGUCAGAGAGUGUAGAGGUCCAACGAUUUGGCAGUGGCUAAAUGUGGUUUCUCUUGUAGUUGGAAAACAUCGUGCUGCUUGAGUGUGUUUUUCUCAGGAUGUUUAAUGGGGAGACACUGUUUUAAACCAAGAUUUGGACAAAGUUGUAGAUGUGAUGUAUAUUAGUGCACAGUGAGCUGCUAAUUCCUUAGUGGGCUACACGUUGUCUCCUUUGCCAAAACCACUUAAUGAAACAAUAUUUAAUGCGGUUGCUCCUAUCACCCAGUAAUGUCUCUUUACUUCCAGGCAGCGGGCCUUCACCAUAUCCACAUUCUUUCUGGUCUGUUUAACAUCUGUUCCAGGUUCAAUUACAAUUCUCCCACAGGCCUCUCUGUUUUCAGGAUCAAUCAAAGCCUCCAUCAACCUGUCCCAGGCCGGUCUGAUGUAACCUGAGUAUGCGUGCAUCAUCUUCCCACACCUGUAGUUGCAGGGCAUGUUUUCUAAAGGCCUGACAGCUUGCUGACCCUCAGGGAGCCUAAGAUUGUAUAUUUCAAUCAAUGGAACGUUUACAGAUCCAGUUAGAUCUGGGUCUGUGGAAAUGUAGUCACAGUCUCGUCUUUCCCCCUGAAAAGCUAGAAUAGGGUUGGAGCAGGGCAUAGUAUAUGGUCACAGGUGUCGUCUUUAAUGGGAUAUGAAUCAUAAUGUUCAUUCUCCCUGCGUGGUUUAAGGUAUUAUACUGUCACAGGUUUUAACAGUAACAUCAAAGCACAAGCUCAAGUCUGGUUUAGCGUUUACUGUAUGAAGCAGCAUUUUGUCACCACGGUGGAGCCUGAGAACAAUUAUUUGGCCGUUCUAAUGGCGGAGGGGAUUACAUGGAGAUCCCAGUGUCCCAGCACAGAUUAAAUAGCAAGCAGUGAUGUCAACAUGUUGCCCAUGAUAGGAGCAAAGGAAUGAGUGUUGGUCUAUCUGUGUGUCUCUUUCAGGAUGAAUUAUUGUUGCCUUGGGGAUCACUUAACUUUCAGCCUGGCAGCAGCAUCACUUCAGUGGAUCAUAUGUCCAAUAUUUUGGUUUGUCAGAUACGAAAGAAAAUCUCAAUAAGCCUGAGUUCCCAGGGAAUCAAAUGUUAGCGUCAUACAUAAAAGUUUUUAAAAAAUCAUUUACACAAGCAGCUGAAUAUGAUGCUUUGCACCAACUGUAACAUGCCGCAUGUGUCUUAUUACCUCAGACGUUGGCAGCCAUCAGUCCGUCAGAAGGUUCAGUGUAGAGGAAUCUUGCUUGCGGUGAUUGGGUCAAAUCUCAGGUUCACACAGAAAAGUGCACGCAGGUUUGAACAUGUGCUCAAAUCCUGUCCUUGAGUAAUGUCAUAUAUAGAAUAUAUAUUAUUUUUAUGACACAAAUUAUACUUUCUAUUAUAAUUAUAAUUAUAAUAAUUAUACUAUAUGAUCAAAUACGUAAUGUUGACUAUUGAUUGUAAAAUGCACACACACGCGUUGGCACUGACCUUUGCUGGCAGACGGGAGCACCGUCUCCAUUCACUGGGACCCGGUGCAACAUGUGAAAGUGCUUUACGGCCUGGCAGCGUGCGAGCGAGUCCAGAAAAUGACCGUUCGUGAUGCCUGGCUUUGCGUGCUGCGCAGUAUGUCACCAGACGGUGUUGUGGUGCAGCCAUUCUUGGAAGGAAAACCACCAUCACAUGCAAUCCAUGGAAGGUCUGAGUCAGAGCGGAUGCAUGUGACAUGUCAUAUGUAGACAUGGACUCCCGGACGAAGGGGCUGCUGUUGGAGUUUACACUGGAUCUUCUUUCCAUGUGGCCGAAGACAGGUUUAAUGCAGAGAAACCAUUAAACUCGUUUACAAUAAAUGUAUAACAGGCUUUUGUGCAGCAAAUCACUCACCAUGGGAUUAUUUGUAGUUUGAAGUAAGGGGGUUGUUCUUUGUUGCAGAAUAAUGAAUAGGGAUUUUUUGCAAAUAAAAAGGAACCAUGCAUGGAGACCAGGUGUGACCCUUCAAAAGGAUCUGACCACACCUUGUCAAGGCGCAGGUGGCAAAGCCAAGUGGGUAAGGAAGUAUGGAGCGUUUGAUUUUAAUGUGCUUCCAUAUGUUUGAAUUUCCCCAAGUCGUGUAAAAAUACAUGUUCUCCCAAAAGCG